UUCAUUCACUACUACUUUCCUAUUCGUCAAACAUUACGACCUCAAUUGAAGUAAUCCCCCAAAGCGCAAAAAAAAAAAAAAAAUAACAGAGUUUCCUCGUUGGGGUUGCUAAUGGCAUCUUCGCCAUCAUCAUGGAAACCCCGAAUUCCCCACAAAAAAACAGAGAGUGACGUUUCAUCUUCUUCUUCAUCUCUACCUGCUCUUCCCCAUAAUAUACUUUUCUCUCCAGAAGAUCAUUUUCGAAAUUGCGACACUGGCUUUCAAACAGCUCCUUGUUCUCCGCCGCCUCAUCCCACCGACUGUACUUUUCCGGCUGAUGUUUCAUCCCAAAGCGGAACUUUCAUUCAAAUAUCUUCUCCUCCUUCCCUCCAGACUACCAAACCCUCUUCCCCUCUUACCACCGUACUACAUGAAAGAGAUGCUCUACCGAGUCACAAUUUGCUCAAAAUCAAGUCCUUUUCAACACUAGCCAAAUCGUCCAUAGAGAAAUUCAGUAAUGAUUUUGAAGCAGGGGGCUACAAAUGGAACUUUUGUAUAUACCCAAAUGGGGACAAGAGCAAAGAUGGGGAAGAUUAUAUAUCUGUCUACUUGGAAAUUUUGGAAACAAUUACUCUCGCUGCUGGGUGGGAGGUUAAUGCUAUCUUUAAUUUCUUUAUAUUCGAUCAUAUUCGUGACAAGUAUGUUGGUACCCAAGAUGCUUCAGUAAGGCGAUUCCAUUGUAUGAAGACACAAUGGGGUGUAGUCAAAUUUGUUGAUCUGGAAACAUUUAACAACCCAUACAACGGUUACCUUGUUAAUGACACAUGUAGUUUUGGUGUUGAGGUUUUCAUAGUCAAAACUAGAUCGAAAGCUGAGUGUUUAACAUUGAUUAACAAUCCCGUGACUCUCAAGGCCGGUUGGAAUUUCUCUUCUGUGACAAAAGUAACACGUAAAUUUUUAGAAACUCCUUUCGUUGUUGGUGGAGACUACAAAUGGAGGCUGUUAUUCUAUCCAAGUGGUUACCAAAUAGAAGGGAACAAGAUCAACAAUAUCGUUUCGGUAUAUCUUUAUGUGGAUACUUCGACACUUUCUGCUGGCACUAAACUACUUGUGCAUUACACUUUUCGAUUGGAAGACAAAAGGAACGGCAAACAUUUUGAACGAAGUGAUACCAAACUGUUUGGUGCUGCUGCUCGGGGUUUUCGUGAGUUCAUGUCUGAGACUAAAUUCAGAGACCCAGAAAAUGGUUUUCUGGUGAAUGAUGAAUGCCUUAUAAGAGCAGAGUUUGAAGUUCUUGGUGUAGUUACACUAGAAUAGUCAAUUAUAUUGCCAUUCGGCUUUACAUUUUCUUUUGGUUGCUAAUCAAAGGAUGUUGCUCUAGUUAACACUGAUCAUUUUUAUGCUAGAGCUUAAGAAUGUAGACAUCUUCCAUACUUCAUGGAGUUAUUAAUUAUAAAUAGUUGUAAAAUGGCUUAGAACUAAUUUAUCGUUCUCUUAAGGGAAGAUUAGGAUUUCUAAAUGCAACGAGGCAAUGUUUUAAAUAAAUAUAUGUCAACUUUCUAAUUUGGCAAA